UUCAGAUCCAGAUGCAGAUCCAGACUGUGAAUCCAGUCUGACUCUUACUCCUCCUCCUCCUCCUCUUCUCCCUGGUCAAGCCAGAAUGAAAUUCACUGUUGCCUCCAUGGUCCUGGUUCUGAUGAUGUCUAUCAGUAUCUUUUCAGUGCAAGGUAUUCUAGAAACCAAUGAUGCUAACCACAAGUGCAGGUGCCUGAAAAUGUCGGAAGGUGUCCCUCUGUCAAUAAUUAAGACACUAUCUAUUUCACCACCUACCAGAGGUUGCCGGAAUUCAGAAAUCAUAGUCACAUUGAAAUCCGGGAAGAAAACAUGUAUGGAUCCAAAGAACAAGUGGUUAAAUUUUAUCUUAAAACAUUUUAAAAGAAACAAGUCUACUACACGAAAUCUGAAUAUUCAGUGACAACGCCAAGAUUCUAAAUAAGAUCAUCUGGACUUGCCUUCCUGUUGUGAAUCCUCAUUUCUUUUAUUAAUUGUUUUUGUUCUGAUUUCAGUUCUCUUUUUAGGCACUUUCUUCCUAGAAACAAAUAGCCAAAAUGAUCUUUCUGUAGCAAUCCAGCAACAUAUUAGCUUUUCUCUAAGUGCUUGAUUUCUAUAUCCUUGGUCAACAUUAGUAAAUAAACUUAUCAGAAAUAUUUAAGGUUCUUUCAUAUCAAGGCUACACCCAUUUUCAACUAAUCUUGGAAAUAAGGCUAACCCAAUUCUCACACUAAGAUUUUCCUCUAAAUGAAAGGGUAGCUUCGACAUAACUCACACUGGAGCAGCUAUCAUGAGUUAGGAAGGGGAGCAAGGGGAUUUUUUCUCCACCUGCAGAUUUCUAAAAUUACUAGGAGAGAAAGCUGCCCAGGAAAUUCACAUAAUUUCAAAUGGAAUAUCUGGAUAGAGUCAUGUGCAAGUAAACCUUUUGGGUACACAUUAAGGAAAAAGAAUUGGAACUUGGUGACCCUAAAGAUUCCUUGCACCUUAAUAAACUGUAACAAAGGAACGCCAAAUGUUGGUCCAUGUUAUGCUGCUAACAUUGACAGUAUGCCAGAAGCUGUGUGGCAAUACAUACUUAGAGUAAAAUCCCACCUUUUAUGGUUACUCCCUGUGUAAACUUAAAUAAGUCGCCAAGCUCAAAAGAUGUCAAAUCACUCAUUUCUAAAUGGUAAGGAAUUGGAUGAAAUAGCCCCAGAUGGUCUUUUCCAAUCCUAUUUCUAGCAUGUUUCAAAGAAACACCCAGAAUCAAACCCAAAGCAAUCAGGAUUAUUUACAGCUAAGCUUGCUUUACAGAUCUCUUGCCUUCUGGAAUGUGUUAUGUUUCAAAAAGUAAACAAUUUUGAACAUAAAUGUAUUUUCCUAAAGAGUAUCACUCAUGUACUGUUCUUCAAUAAAUACAAAUAGCUGUUUUA